AUGACACAGGUGGACAAGUUGAAGGGCAUGGGCAAGUUGGCAGACGUGAAGUCUUUUAUCCACGCAGAUGUGGAAAGUAGGAUGACGGCUUUCUUGAGCAAGGAAGACGUGCUGAAGCAUGGAUCGUGGGGUCGCGAGCAGGCUCGGCUGCUGGCCGCGGAAGUGUGCCAGGCUUAUGAAGGUGAGAACGCCUUGCUUUCAGAUGUAUCAGGCACCGCCAGCUUGAUACGAGACCUCUUGCAGAAGGACGACCUGCAAGCCAUGAGUGCGGCCUUGGAGCGUUUCAAGAAUGUGGAUGAAGAUGAGGUCCUCGAUGAUGGACUCUUCCAAUUCCUUCAAAAGCACAAGACCGGCAUGGCCAUCAUUGCAGACUGCACAAAAUGCAUCCAGGAAGGCGAGGUUCAAUUGCAGGGGGAGUUGUUUUUGAAGAAGCUGCAAGAGGCCUUGAACAGCAUCAAGUCAGUUGAGGAUCAGAUGACUGCCUCCGCCAUCUCUGAUGUGGUGAAGACCUUCUGGGAUUUGAAGUCAAGCAAAACUGUCCCAAACAUGGUCUCGAAACACAAGGUGGCAUUAGAUGUCUUGAUGAAGGACUUCUGGCGUUUGGUCAGCUCUGGUGUGAACAACAUGCUCAGCAGCACAUUGGCAUCCUGCCUGGAAUUACUUCUGGACCAACUUGAUAGGAAGCGGCAAGGGCAUGGAACGUCGAAUGAGUCAAAUGCCAAUGGCUUUAGUGACUCGCAUGAGACGGAGUUUGCCGAAGUGUUGCGGGAGAUGAAGUGUGAGGCCCUAUUGAAGCACGAGUUUUGGAAGCAGGCAGGCAAGUGCCUUCCGCAGACCUUGCAACAAGACUUGACCAGAUUCGAGAAGGUGAGCAUCACGGUCUCGGACCUGGCUUCGUAUGUGUUUUGUAAGGAGGAUAAACUCCGUGCGAGAGAGGUGACCUCAGACAACCUCAAGGAGUGGGCCAGUUGCGAUGUUGAAGUGUGCCGGUUCUUGAAAGAGCCCGCCUUGCUGGAAGCCUUCCAAUCUGUCUUCAUGAAAGUUGCAGCAGACGAGCUUCACUCUAGGGCAAUGGCCGUUUUCGAGCGGGUUGGCUGUUUGGUGGAUGCAUGCCUUUCUCAGGUCUCUGGCUUGAACAGUAUGGCCUUGUCCUUGGCUGAUGUGAAGGAGAAAGACGUCUCAAUGUUGGGGAAAGGUCUGUGGACGCCUGUGCUGACAUGUUUCGUGCAGGUCGCGAAAUGCACAGUGCUAGCCUCCCAGAACUCGGGUUCCUUGGCUGACGUCAUGGCUGCGGUGGAAGCUCAGAGGCAGUGUGCAGACAGUGCCAGAGGUGCCAGCGAGCGUUGUCGGAAUGAGACAGACGUGGACUCAGAUGGCAAGUUUGCUGCCACGAAGCUGGGGUGCGAAGAUUUCCAGGCUUGGCUUGCCAACCUUGGUGAUGAGCUUCUGAAGAAGCUGUUCCUUCUUGCCCUGGAUGAAAGGACGCAAUUGAAGGAGGCGUACGACAAAGGCCAAUCCCUAUUAGACAAAGUGCCACCAUUCAGUCUGGACAAUGAGGACAGGUACCGCACGGUCAUGGCGAAUAUACACAAAAGUUUCGCAAGUGUGGGCGGCAAGCUACGGGAACACGCAAAAACGGCAGAUCGAGUUAGAAAAGUCGUGCCUGAAGGAGGGGUAGACACGCUGAGUCCCGGGCAGACUGUGGCUUCUGAGCCCUCGCAGUCCACGGGGCUUCUCGAGUGGUUUUUUGCUGCUGAGCAAGCCCAGGCCUUGGGACACACCCUCGUGUGCCACCUCAACGUCUAUGCCAUGGUCACUUUGUUACGGUCCCCCGUCAUGGGAGCCAAAAGCGACACCGGCAAGAAGCAGGCCAAACAGUUGCAGGACAUAAUCCGCACCCUUCUCGAGAAAGACCUGCUCGUGACACCUCCUCAUUCGCAGUUGCCCCUGUCAAGCCUACUGAAGUUGUGCAAGGAUUGCGAAGACGCGGCGUGGGCCUGA